AGAAAACAGGCUUUUACCCACGGCUAGAAAAUUGAUCAAAAUUCAGACUCAGUCAUGGGUCCUGAGACUACACAGCGCCUAUGCCUCACGAUAUACAAUAAUCUCGAUAAGGGUGAUAUCACUUUCAAGAAUUUAAUAAGUAUCAGUGGCCAGCCAUAUGAAAAGUGCGAAAACCUACGCCUCCUAUCCACAGAAGACGUAGAAAAAAUCAGAAUCCAACCUGGCGACAGCAAAUUGAUAUCCUUCUGCGGAAGCGCGACAUUAGGAGUAGGAAUUGAGGGCAUGCUUGACCUCCACUUUGAGCAUGAGGACCGCAUUACCUCGCUCUACUGGAAUGGACCCUGCAAUCGGAUUGAUAAUCAGUUUCAUGUCUCGAGUACCGAUCAUGAGCAUUAUACGGUGACAGCCUCGAUUCCUCCGGAUGAGGGUGUUCUCGGAGUUAUCUCGGUCGAUGUGAGAAGCCUUGCGGAGAGUUAGGUCCACAUGGUGGCUUUUCAAAGCUGUGCUUACGGGGCUGUACUGCACUUCCAAUUGAAAAGGGUGCUUGUGUGGCCAGGCAUAAGCAGGGCGUUUUUGGCUGAAAAUAUAAUGGCGUAUUUGAGGAGAGUUAGGGUAGGCAUCACUAUUAUUUACCGUAUCCUUGUU